AUGGAGCUCGAGUCGAUGCGAGCCUCGAGUUCGUGUCUUCCCCACACAUCCACUACUCAAGUCGCUUGGCGCUCCAAGUCAAGUGCACGGCCACGACGGACUACUAUUCUUUCACCCGCUGUUACGCACGUCUCGCGACGCAACGGACUGUUGGAAUUUUUUUCUGACAAGAAUUUUCCAUUACGGAGACUACAGACCGCUCACCAACGGACGUCUGUAAAAUUAAUUGUGUGUGGGGGGCGCGGCUUGUGGUGUGUGCUGAACAAGAAGCGGACAACCUUCCUGUUGCCGCCGCAGCUGUGUACCAAUUGGGAAUUAACCUUCGUCAAAACGUUUUCUUCCGAUCCCAAAGUUUUUUCAACCGUCAAGAUUAUCGAGCCGUGUUACAGGACCCUUCAAGGCUGUUGCGAUGAUCAACCUAUAAACCAAGUUUUCUGCUUCGAGAAUUUCUCGGAGCCCUAG